CUCGGAGAAGCGCCGCCGCCGCCGCCGCCACCGCCGCCAAACAAACCGGAGCGCGGCCCCGGGAACGGGAGCGGGGGGUCCUGGUCCUGCCGCCGCCGCGCCUCCCAUGAGCCGGGCACGGCCGGCCAGCGGGGCUGAGCUGUGUGGGAGCGCAGAGGCGAGGGAAGGAUGCCUGUGGUGUGGCCAACCCUGCUGGACCUCAGCAGGGAUGAGUGCAAGAGGAUCCUGCGCAAACUGGAGCUGGAGGCCUAUGCAGGUGUCAUCAGUGCCUUACGUGCACAGGGAGACCUCACGAAGGAGAAGAAGGAUCUUCUUGGAGAACUCUCCAAAGUGCUCAGCAUCUCCACGGAGCGGCACCGCGCCGAGGUUCGGAGGGCGGUGAACGAUGAGCGCCUGACCACCAUCGCACACAACAUGUCUGGCCCCAACAGCUCCUCGGAGUGGUCCAUCGAGGGCCGUCGCCUGGUGCCGCUGAUGCCGCGGCUGGUGCCGCAGACGGCCUUCACCGUCACCGCCAACGCCGUGGCCAACGCCGCCGUGCAGCACAACUCCUCCCUGCCCCUGCCUGCAGACACCGGCAGCAAGGAAGUGGUGGUUUGCUAUUCCUACACAAGUACCACUUCAACCCCAGCAUCCACCCCAGUUCCCAGUGGCAGUGUAGCAGCAGUGAAGUCCCCCAGGCCUGCCAGCCCCGCCUCCAGUGUAGUCGUCUUGCCAAGUGGAAGUGCUGUGUACGUCAAAAGUGUCAGCUGCUCGGACGACGACGAAAAGCCCCGCAAGAGACGGCGAACAAACUCCUCCAGCUCUUCCCCCGUGCUCCUGAAAGAGGUCCCGAAGGCAGUGACUCCUGUCACCAAAACCAUCACGGUGCCUGUAAGUGGCAGCCCCAAAAUGAGUAACAUAAUGCAGAGCAUUGCCAACUCCCUGCCACCACACAUGUCGCCUGUGAAAAUAACCUUCACCAAGCCCUCGACGCAGACGACGAACACCACAACACAGAAGAACAGGUCCAGCACAGGCAGCGGGAGUGCAAGCUUCCCCCAGACUGCCCCAGCCAUGUGCCUCAACCCUGACCUGAAGGGACCACUUCUAGGGAUGAGAGGGGAUUCAGUCUCCAUGCUCAUGCAAUUCUUGGCCUCUCUGGUGAGACUGCCAGCAAGGUUGCCAGUUAGUGCCCUUUGUGGUGUUGGGUUUUGUGAUAUGGACACUAGUCCACUGAGAACUGGAUCACAUAGGCCACUGAACAGCCUUCAGAUGGUAACAACUAUUGGUCAAAGGGUGUCCUUUGGCUCCUCCAAAGGACUGGCUUUGAGAACUCCACCUGGUGCAUGGAAGUGGAUGUUUCCAGUAUUUGAAGGUGUGUCCACCUCAGCCAUCAAGGUGGCCUCGAGCAGGCUGCCCUCCCCGAAGGCCCUGGUGGGCAGCCCCUCGCAGCUCCUGCAGUUCCCCAAGCAGCACCCGCAGCCUCCCAAGCAGCCGCUGCACCAGGUCCCGCCCGCCCAGCAGCAGCAGCAGCAGCUGGUGCCCUCCUCGGGGGCCCAGCAGCAGCCCCAGCAGCCCCAGCUGCCCCCUGGCAUCAAGCCCACCAUCCAGAUCAAGCAGGAAUCAGGUGUUAAAAUAAUCACUCAGCAGGUGCAGCCCAGUAAAAUCCUUCCCAAACCAGUUACAGCGACCUUGCCCAGCAGUAGCAAUUCACCCAUUAUGGUGGUUAGCAGUAAUGGGACUAUCAUGACAACUAAACUGGGCACUACUCCCACUGGGACUGCAGCCACGUACACGCGGCCCACGGUGAGCCCGUCCCUGGGGGCUCGCAUGGCUGGCACACCAGGGGCUGCCACCUACGUCAAAACCACCAGUGGCAGCAUCAUCACCGUGGUCCCAAAGUCCCUGGCCACCCUGGGAGGGAAGAUCAUCAGCAGCAACAUUGUCUCUGGAACCACAACCAAAAUCACCACGAUUCCCAUGACCUCCAAACCCAAUGUGAUUGUUGUGCAAAAGACCACUGGGAAAGGAACUACAAUCCAAGGGCUUCCAGGCAAGAACGUUGUGACGACGCUGCUGAACGCUGGGGGGGAGAAAACUAUUCAGGCAGUGCCAGCAGGAGCAAAACCUGCUAUCAUCACUGCCACAAGACCCAUCACAAAAAUGAUUGUUACACAGCCCAAAGGAAUAGGGUCCACGGUCCAGCCAGCCACCAAAAUCAUCCCAACUAAAAUUGUUUAUGGGCAGCAAGGGAAAACGCAGGUCCUGAUCAAACCAAAGCCAGUGACGUUCCAGGCCACGGUGGUGAGCGAGCAGACCAGGCAGCUGGUGACUGAGACCCUGCAGCAGGCAUCCAGGGUGGCAGAGACAGGGACCCCAGCCCUGCCAGAGGUGAAGGAGGAACCACAGACCUACACCGACAGCAGCUCCUCGUCCACAGAGUCCUCCCAGAGCUCCCAAGAUUCUCAGCCUGUGGUCCACGUGAUUGCUUCAAGAAGUCAAGAUUGGUCAGAACAUGAAAUUGCUGUGGACACAAGCCCUACAAUAAUUUACCAGGAUGUUUCCAGUGAAUCUCAGUCAGCUACUUCCACAAUAAAAGCUUUGCUGGAACUUCAGCAGACAACAGUGAAGGAGAAGCUGGAGUCGAAGCCCAGGCAGCCCACCAUUGACCUGAGCCAGAUGGCUGUCCCCAUCCAGAUGACUCAAGAAAAGAGGCAUUCCCCAGAGAGUCCUUCCAUUGCUGUCGUGGAGUCAGAAUUAGUGGCUGAAUAUAUCACAACUGACUCAGGAAGACAACACUGUAUUGGUUCACAUUCGGAAGAAUAUCUACACAACCAUAUAGUGAGCCAUCGGCAGCCCGCGCAGCCGGCGCAGCCCCCGCGGACCCUCCUGCAGCACGUGGCGCAGUCGCAGACGGCAACGCAGACCUCGGUGGUGGUGAAAUCCAUCCCCGCCUCCUCCACGGGAGCCAUCACCCACAUCAUGCAGCAGGCCUUAAGCAGUCACACUGCAUUUACGAAACACAGUGAGCAACUUGGGACCGAGGAGGGAGAAGUGGAAGAGAUGGACACCUUAGAUCCUCAGACUGGCCUGUUUUACAGAUCUGCCCUGACACAGUCACAGGCACAAAAGCAGCAAAAACUGAGCCAGCCACAGCUGGAACAGACUCAACUGCAAGUGAAAACUCUGCAGUGCUUCCAGACCAAGCAGAAGCAGACAAUCCACCUGCAGGCCGACCAGAUCCAGCACAAACUCCCGCAAAUGCCCCAGCUUUCCAUCAGGCAUCAAAAGCUAACCCCCCUGCAGCAGGAGCAAGCACAGAGCAAGCCAGAGGCACAGCACCCCCCCCACCACAUGAUGGCCAAAGAGAGGCAACUCCCCACCUUAGUGGCACAGCCACAGCAAACUGUAGUGCAGGUGCUGGCAGUAAAAACCACGCAGCAGCUGCCCAAACUGCAGCAGGCACCAACGGCACAAAAAAUCUACGUGCAACCCCAGCCCCCCCCGAGCCCAGUGCAGCUCCCUGCCUCUUCAGACAAGCAGCCAGCGAGCCAGGUGCAACAUGCAACUCUAAUGCAAGGAUCCAGUGUUGCAGAGCUGACACUGCUCGGGGGGUGUGAGCCUCCUUGUUUUGCAGAGGUAGCAGGUGGCAGUGGAGUGCCCCAGCUGGCACUGCCGGUUACCAGCCUAUUUCCCAUGCAGGCACCCCCGGAGGCAGCAGUAGCAGAUAUUUUGAGAGUGUCUGUGGUGGAAGCUCCCACUGAUGCAAACAUAGAGCACACGGUAGUGGAUCCCCCAGACCAGGCCACGUCCACUAGUAAAGUCUCUAGUGAAGCAGAGUCGUCACCUUGUCCCCAGGUGCCUCGGGUGGCUGCUCUAGGGACGACGGCAACAACCUCCACCCCCCAGCAACAGCCCCGGCCAGAGCCCAGCCCAGCCCCUCCUGCUGCUGCUGCUGCUGCUCCCGCCGAGGCACAGGGAGUGCCCCCAGCAAACCAGUUUGUGCACAUUCAGAACCUCUCCCAGAAGAAAGCUGAAGAGAGCUCCUCGGAGAUCGUCGUCCAGACUAUCCCUCACUAUUCCAUCCCUUGUCACUCCAGCUCCAACGUGGUGGUGGAACCCAGCGGGCUCCUGGAGCUCAACAACUUCACCAGUCAGCGCCUGGAUGACGAGGAGACGGCGCUGGAGCAGGACGGGGACAGCGGCCCCGAGGAUGGCCCCGAGCCCAGCCCCUCCCGCAGCUCUGCCGAGCAAUCCUGAGCCCCUGGGACCUGGAGUGCACUUUAGAACAUCUUGGGAUUCCGAGGAUCCAAGAUGCCCUUGUGCUGUGAUGUCCUGGAGCACUUUGCCUGUUGUUGGCUGGACCCUCGAAGCAUCGCUGUGUUUUAACGAGGCGGUGUCGCAGAAGCUGCGCCCUUGAAAUUGUUUCCAAAAGAGAAGAAAAGAUGUAGUUCCCAAGAUUUAGUGAAGCUGUGACAGUGGAAUGUACUCCUGCUCGAACAGCAGACUGCAGCAGACUCUGCAGCUCGUGCUCUGGAAGCCCUUGCCCAGAUCCUGAAGCAGCUCCCAGGGAAAAGGGAGCGUCGCUUUGCCGGGUCCUUUCCUGGAGAAAAACACCAUCAAAAAAAAAAAGAGAGAACAUUUAAUAAAUGCCUGUAUUUUCAAAUAGCACGUGAGAGAAGAAGUGUCUCUGACAGUGCUGGAAUUUUGGAAUUGGUCAGCUUUCUUGCUCACUUAGAGAUAAGAUUUGGGGGUUUAUUCGUAAGACUAAAAAUAUAUUUUUUUUAAAUUUUUGUUGGUGAAUGUUUGGAAAUAAGCAAAAUCACUAACUGAUAGAAAAGUGGAUUUGCUGGUGGAUUUUGUUUUCAUGUUUUACAAGAAGUAGGGUGAUGGUAUAUGAGGCAUUUCUUUUGCCAUAAGUGCACAAGAUGCUCAUCUACUCCAGUUAGUCUUUGAUUAUUUAUUAAAGUGAGGCCAAGUUGUUGAAAAAGUUCCUGUGAAACAGGCAGUUGUGUUAAUUCUGAUACAAACUGAGGGGGGGGGUGUCUUUUGCUAUAAAUCAGUUUUUCAAAACUGGGGAUAAGUGGUUCAACGUCUUUCCAAGUUGAACUUGUGAACUUAGAAGUGAUGUAAGGCUUUUAAAAAUCUGUAUUUUACUCUUACGUGCUGUUCUUAAAAGUUGACCAUUUGGGGAGUUUUAAAUGGGCAUCCAGGGGUAGGUUUCCAGAAUUAGCCCUAUGCCUUGGCUUGUUGAAGCAAUACCUUGGGGUUUGGGAUAGUUCCAGUCAUGGAGACAGGUUUGGGUUCAGAGGGGAGGAGAGAACCAGUUUUAAUACAUUCUGGUAACCAAGACUUUUUUUUUUUUUUUCCCAAAUGUGUAUAAAACCAUGUUUUUAACUGUUUUGUAUAGAUUUCAUUAUAAAUAACUAAGCAUUUUACGACUGUGCCAUAUCAUUUAAUUGUACAUACAUCUGGAAGCCUAACUGCCCACGGUUUGGUGCUGAAGUACUACUGUAAGUAGAUCUCAUCCAAAGUCUAAUACAGCUCUUUGCCUCAGUCUUUUUUUUUUUUUUUAAAGCUGUGAUUUAACUGUUGAUAUUGUAGUAAAGGUUAAAUUCCAACUGGAGUAACUCAAACGAAAAAAUACAAACCCUAAAACCCA